CUACGUUGGCUUACUCGAGCGUUCUCACCAGUCGCGACAGAACGCUUGCCGAGCGCACAUCGUGGUGUGCUCAUCGGCACGCGUUUCCUGCUGAGCUCUCAAGACAGGACUUCGGACUUUGCCGCAUUCUUCUCUUCGAAGAAUCGAGCUUAUUACGUUCGAAUGUUCGUCGUACCUUCAUCUUCGUGGGCAUAAGAGUCCGGAAACGUAACGUGCGAGAUGAUUGCAGCGAUUUCUGCACGCGGAACCGUACGCCGGAUGUCAUCGCGCAAAAUGCGCGCCGGAAGUCCCUGCUUGUGCACUCUCCGAGCGCAGUGAGAUUGUGACCGAUGGUGAACUGUGUGUUGUGAUCGUCGCGUGAAUUCCUCUCUGAUUCAAGAGGGUGGACUUGGAUGGUCUUGAUGCCGCUUGUUCGUUAAUUCUGAAUAUUCACCGCGUGUCAUCGCGAGUGCACAAACCGCCUACUUGCAAAUUCGGUGAAGGUAAAAAUAAAGAGAAAUGUUGAAGCACGUGUCGAUCUCGCCGUGGAGAGGGCGAGCGGAUAGCUUAAGCCUCUCUUCUAGCGGCGGUGCAAGUAGCUGUGGAAGCGGAAGUCCUACCCCGGUUCACACACCACCACCCUCGAGAGCGUCCUCAUGCGCAUCCCUAGCACCCCUAACUGCCCUAUCGAGCUUCUCGCCGGCCGAUACCGCGCCCCAACAGACCACCAUCAAAGUCUAUGCCAAUUGCUUGCGGCCAGACAUCGAAUACAAGACCUUGAGCAUUACUUACGAAACGACCUGUCGCGAGGUCGUGCAAAAUCUUUUGAAUAAGUAUCGUAUGAGACACCGUGACCCUCGGUUGUUUUAUCUGACCAUGGAGGUGACUGUGAGGAGAGCCAAUGUGCGCACCAUCCUGCCGCUCGACGAGGACGCGAGACCAGCAGUCUUACAAUCCUGCCAUCCUCGCGGAGAUUCCAAGUUUUCGUUGCAGACGCGCCGUGGCGGACUCGUCAAAAUAUACGACAGCGCACUCAUGUCCGGGUCUAAGUACAAGAGCCUUUUGGUCUCGGAGCAGACCACCGUAGACGAGUUGAUCCAGAUGCUGCUAAGUUGCUACAGCUCCAAGGAAGCAGUGGAGCAGUUCUCUCUCUACGAGGUCUGCGAAGGUGAAGAGUACCAAAGGAAAUUACAUCCUGAUGAUUCCCCGCUCAAGGUUACACAACGCUGGACAAGCGUGGAUCGACAUCUUCGUAUUAGGCGCAAUCCAGAUUAUAAUCAACACAGACGGAAGAGCAUGUGGGCGUCGGAUUCGAGCAUCACCAUGGCGAUGUCGAGACUGGAUCUCCGCGAUACUCUUCCUACCCAUUACAACUCGAGGAUUGACAAUAACAAUCAUCUGAGUUUGCAUCAUCUUGCUGGAAAAACCAGCGUUAUCGUAAACAACAACAACAAUAACAACAAUAACAUUCAUCGAGAUCAACAUCACUCGUCGUUAGGUUCCAUCAAUAAAUCGCCGCGAAUUGUCUUGCCCCACACCCCGGAUCGUUCGCAGGUGCAGCGAAUGCAGCUUCCGCAAAGCGUUCCAUCAACGCCGCUCUCAUCGAAGCACUUGACUGCUUCUUCCUACGCCGAUUACGAAAAUUAUAUUUAUAUAUAAGAGUGCAUGCUUAUCAAGAGGGCUUGUCAAGUAAGCCGAGUCGUUCAUGAACUUGCAUAAAUAAAAAUCGAACAAAUUACUGUAUUGAUCGCGAAAAUUUGUCUCGCGAAACGGUUACAGUUACCAGAGGCUUUUUGGAAGCACGAAGAACCAUGCGUCGUGAUUAUUCAGUAGCGAUUGUCUUCGCGUGCGAGUUAGAUCUUCAGUACUGUGCGCAGUAUCGAUCGACAAACAAAUCUUAUUGAGUUAGAAAGGAGCUGAUGGAUUUUUAACUGGAUGCAUUUCUUACUUGAUUUGAUUAAUCUUGCUUGAUACAGCACAUUGUUUCUUCAUGAAAAUUUACAUCAAAGAGGAACAUAAUAAUUUUUUCGAUUGAGUAUUAAGAUGUUUGGAUAAUAGUUAAGGAGUGCACUAAAUGUAUUUAUGACAAUUAAAAAUCACUAUGAAUCUUAGUCUUAUUUCAGUAUAUCUGUCGCAGUUUUCUAAAUGAAAUGGU